UACGGGCGACUGAGCCAAAGCUAAGCGAAAUACUGCGAAUGCUGGAAAUCUGAAAUAAAAACAAACCGCUGGAAAAUCUCCAGUUCUGGCAGUAUUUGUGGAGAGAGAAAAUCAGAGUUAACCUUUCGAGUCUAAUAUGACUUUUUAGGUUAUCCGUGCCUAAUAAGACAAUGGAAGUGGAAAACCAGUUCCCGACACUCCUGUAUUGCUGCACCUAAAAUGUUGGAAACAGGUCAGGGUGCAUCCGCAGAACAGCAAGCCGUUGCAGAUAUGUGCUCUUCCUCAGCCAGUUUCAUACCUGUGAAGGUUUUGCCUAUUCUUUCUGCAGGUAGCCCUUGACACUGAAGUGAUGUCAAUUUCAGAUUUCCAACAUCUAUCCAGUAUUUGUUUGCUGUGCCAGACAGGAUUUGCUUCUGACUUCCAUGUGCCAUCUCAUCUCACACACAUUGGGUGUCUAAGAAUAUUCAUUUGGCUUUAAAUGGCAACAUUUGAGCCAAUAAGCACCUGCCUUUCCAUAGAAGUGCAUCACAUGGUCUGCAGCCUUGGAGUGGAAAAAUUGGAUACCCCAGACCUGGAGCGCAUUGUGACUGUAUCUGGAGAGGUUUGCUGGGAGGCCAUUACAUUUUACCUGCGCACUUCAGAUGCAGAAGAGCAAGACCUGGACUAUGCAGAAAGUGUGAGGCUUCUGGGACCCGUUUGUAAAACUGUCCAUUUGUAUCUGCUGUCACUCAGCACAAGACAGUUCGAUGAUCGAUAUGGACUGUGGUUUAAAUGGACUAACAACACAGAGCUGUUUGUUGAAGUGUUUAAAGCCAUCAAGAGUUCACAACAUACCGCUAUAGCGCUCAGCCUGAUGAAGUUAACAGCUUGUCUGGAACGAGCUUUGGGUGAUGUUUUCCUCAUGAUUGGCAAAGAAUGUCCUUUUCUCCUGAGAGAUCUACUGACUUCACAAGAGCUGGCUACUUUGUUUGGACAGAGCGUGAUGAAUGUCCUGCGAGUGUUCUUGGGAUCACCACGAAGCUUAAAUCUCCGCAACAUCUUGUGGCAUGGAUUCGCAGCUCCUGCAGAAAUCCCUCCCAUGUACACCUCCAUGCUGCUGUUAUUAACAGCUGGAUUGGGGCAGAUACUGAAAGGUGUCCAGCUUCAGAGAAAUCUCACGCUCCUCCAUCGACCUUGUUUCAAAUUGACACAGCUGGAGGAACUUGCUACCUUCCCUGAUAUUAAUGAGGAGGCGAUUGCUGUAGCAGAGGAUUUUAUUGGGAAAUCUGAUUUUGUAGUAGAAAUCAUGCUGCCUUACUGGAGAGAGGGACUUGCAGCUUAUAAAAAUCAGCGGUAUGCGGACUGUACAAUACUGCUACUACCUCAGUUGGAGAUGGGACUCCGCAAAUUUUUUACAACAGUUAACAACUGCCCCAACAGACUGCUGACUGCAGAGUCCACAACACUCUACACCACGUUUGAUGAGAUGCUGGCAAAACAUCUAGACAAUGAUGUUAAAAAUCAGCUUCCUCCAGCUCUGGGAGAUCCUAUAAUGGAGAUUCUCUGGGACCUGCUAAACCACCAGGAAGGCCCUCGACUCCGGGAUCACCUAAGUCAUGGUGAACUAGAUUUGAAAGCGUUUCCUAGAGAAAUAGCCAGUCAUGUAGUGGCACUGGCUGUCGUUUUACUACAUCACUGCUACAGAGGGGAAAAUGGAGUUGUUACGGAAGACAAGUGCCUGAGAAUGAUCAUCAGUUCUACACGUUCAUAUUGCUCUCGGUUCCAUCCGGUUGGAAGGCUUAAACAGCAGCUUCGACACUGCAUUGAAAGCCUCCAGAAAUGGGAUGAGAUACCUAAACCAGCACUAGGACAAGCACUGGACAGACCUGGAUCUGGUCGUUUAGGUCCCGCAGCACAAGCUGCUCAUGGUUGCCUGUUGGAGGAGCUUGUUUCUAACCUAAUAAACCGACUGCAGACGGUCUACAACAAAAAGCUUAAUCCCUCCCAGUAUUUGUUCGCUGAGGCGCAGCUUGACCUGGUGCCUGAACUGCUGGCCAGCCACAUGCGCACCUUGUAUUGUCCACGGGCUGGUUUGGAAGUGGUGUCCUUACUGAGGAAAAUGGCCUCUCAGUGCCUGACUGUUUCGGAGCAGAUCACGAGUGGUGCUGCGUCUCGCCACCAACAGUGGCUGAACAAAUCCCUGCGCUCGCGGCAAAGGCAGAAUUAUCUUCGGAUGUUGGGCAGCGUUCAGUAUUUGCACCGCAUUUUCAGUCUACUUACUCUCCUUAUAACAGUGGAACUGCUCAAUGCACAGACAAUGAGUGAUAAGGCUUCUUCUGAAUGUCACUGCUACUUGAGGUUUCUGAAGUCAUUGUUGCGAUACACAGAAAAUAUGGUGACAUACACAAGCCCGGACAAAAAUAAAUGGCACGAGAGCUGGGACCUAACGGAAAAAAUGUUACUGAAAAUUAAAAACUUUUACAACAAAUGGUAUAACGUAACAACAGACUGUGCAAAGUGAAUGCAGUGGGAAUAUUUGGUCUUAAUCUAGAAUGUAUAUAUUGAGACACAUUAUAUUUACAUAUAUAUAUAUAUAUAUAUACACUCCUUUAAUUUUCGCUCAUUAUUCUGAAGACUCUUGCUAGUUGCAAUUCUAUGGGUGCAAGCGUACCAGCACGUGUGAGCCAAGGGCUGUGAUUAUGAUGGAGGGUGUCACAGUCAUUCUCAAUCCUGUUCGCAUGUGCAACACUGGGUAGUGAUCAGGAGCAGGAACCCUGCAUGGUGGCCCUUCUUUAGAACUCUGGAGUCGAAACGUGAACUCUAUUUCUCUCUCCACAGAUGCUGCCAGACCUGCUGAGUUUACUAGUAUUUUCUGUUUUUAUUUUAAAUUCUCUCUUGUUUCUUUGACUACCUUCAUUAGCAUAAAUGGCUGAGCCACUCUCCGAAAGUUUUAACCUUUGAAUUGACAUUCUCCCUGGAGUUAAUCCUGCUUCAGCUAAAGAAGAGUUGGCAACUACCCAUGUCUCUGAGCAUGCGUGUGGUGGAGGACGUCCCAGUAAGCUUCAUUAUGAUCCUCUUGACUAAUCUACAAAAUAACUUGGUGUGCCUUUCUGCCGUCUGUUUUUCCAGAUGCCUUUUAAAAAUUAAUUAAUUGGACAUGGGCAUUGCUUGCAACAUGGGAAAUUAUUGCCCCACCCUAGUUGCCCUUGAGAAGGUGAUGGUGAGCUGCCGCCUUGAACCCCUGCAGCCCAGCUGGUGAAGGUGCUCCCACAAUGCUGAGAGAUAUCGGAUGAUCUGAGAUUUUGACCCAAUGAAAGAACAGUGACGUCUGCUAAUUCGGGAUGGUGUGUGACUUUGAGGGGAAGUUGAAGAUGGUGAUGUUGCCAUGUGGAUGCUGGCCAUGUCCUGCUAGAUGGUGGAGGUCACAGAUUUGAUAAGUGCUGCGAAUUCUUGGCAGGUUGCAGCAGUGGAUGAUGCACACUGUGGCCGUGUUGCACUGGUGAUGGAGGGAGUGGCUCUUUCAGCCAGUGGUUGGAGUGCAGAUCCUUUGUCCUGGAUGGUGCCCAGCUUCUGGAGUUCUGGAACUGUGCCCAUCCAGGCAAGCAGAGAGUACUCCAUCACACUCCUGACUUGUGUCUUGUAGGUGGUGAAGAAGCUUUGGGGAGUCAUUAGGUGAGCCACCUGUGACAGAAUACACAAGCUCUAACUUGCCCUGGUCCAAUUUAAUCAAUGGUGAACCACUUGAUGAGGGGGAUUCAACAAUAGUAACCCUAUUGAAUGUCAAUGGAAGGGAAGGGAAGGUGGUUAAGCUUAGGUGGUUGGAGAUGGCCACUGCCUGCGACAGGUGGGACAUGAAUAUUACCUUCUAUCAGUCUAAGCCUGAGUGUUGUCCAGGUCUUGCUCCAGGUGUACAUGGAAUUCUCCAGUAUCUGAGGAGCUGCAAAUGGUACUGAACACUGUGCAAUCAUUAGUGUACAACACCACUACUACUUGUGUUACGAUGAAGGGAAAGACGCUGAUGAACCAGAUGAUGCUGUAUUGUUAUUAUGUAUUUUAUUCAAGAAAUACAUUCACAGGACAGGCUGAAUUGCAGUGUAGCAUAUACAGCAAAAUUCAUAAAGGCUAAGUGAUCAAGUUAAAAAACAUGUAACAAUCAUGUGACAAUAAAAUUCAGCGGCUAACAGGCAAGUGUUGAAUAGGAUAUUGAAAAAGGGGUAAAAUGUAAUAAAAUUGUUUUAAAAUUGUGAACUAAUUCACCACUUUUACAUGACGGGCACUGAAGUACAUGUAAGUUUCAUCAUUUCAGUACUUCAUUGAGGACCCGAACCAUGUAAGAAAUAUGGUUACAUUGGUAACUUUCUGUCCUACAUCUUACGGGGUUGAAUUUAGUCAAACUUUAGUGUUGUAUUGAUUGUUCUGUGUGGGGUGGGGGUAACCAGUUCUGAAACCGAGUUGAUUGCAUAAAGGAUUUCCCGAACUUAGUAUGAAUAUUAACUCCUCUUGUUUGUGAAGCUUCGAGCUUUGUGACAUGAAGGAUGCUGUUGAAUGACUAGCACAGAGGGCCCAAAAUCAAUCUCAGCACGUGCUUCUGUAUUUUUUCGAUCUGGGUGGUGUGAAGCCAGGGUGCCACACAGGCACAGAGUAUUCGACCAGUAUGUAGCCAGCAUAUUGAAAAUAAAACUCUAUCGCAAGAGCACGUAAGCAGAAAAUAUAACCUCUACCAAUGAGGUAUCGAUGAUGGCAGAGGUGUUUUUAAAAAGGAGGAAAGAAAAGAGCAUUUAUUUUACCUGAGAUGUAAUGAAUGGUAUGUUGGGUGCAGUUAGAUCAGUCUGCCUCUAAGUGGCAGUAUGUACCAAUGGAAAAUUCAACAGAUGAAAUCUGCCAGCCUGACUUUGUACAUCUUGUGUCACAGUGGAGGGUAAAAUCUGUCUUUUAAUGAAAAAUUGAAGAAUGCUGUUAAUUUAAUGGCAUGCUCAAAAAUCACAUUCCCACAAUUAUGUUGGUUGGUUGUUAAUUACAGAGAAAAUGAGACAUUCUCUUUUUUUUAAGAGGAGCAAAUUUGGCUGGGACUAUUGUUAACAAAUAGGAAAUGAAAGCCGCAAAACUUUGACUGGACUGGACCCAGGGCUAUAAUUACAAAGAGCAUCUGCCAGUCAAAUUACAAAGGAUGCUAUGAGCUAAUAUGGGCAGAAUGUGUCUCAAGUAUGUAAGGCUUGUUUGCUGCGGUUAUUCUAUCUGGAUUUUACAAUUAUGUAAAAUGAAGCGUUGUAAUGCAUUACAUAGUGUACUAUUUCUGAUACAAGAAUGCACUCUAA